AUGCGGCGCUGGGUGUUCCCCUCGCAGCUCCGCAGUCCCCGGGAAGGCGGGCGGGAGGCUCCGGGCGAGGCGGCGCAUCUGCGCGGCCGGGCAGGCCCGGGAGGCGGCCUCGCCCCGCGCCGCACCGGCCCCACCGGCAACAAUGGGCGGCUGCGAGGGGUGGCAGGGACGGCGGCGAAGGGAAGGGAGCAGAGCAGGGGAGGCCCUUGCAGCAGGAAUGCGAGCAGCAGCCGCCUUGCCAGAGUCCAGCCUCCUUCUUGUGAGCGACUGGAGCAGUCUGGCGGAGGAGGAGAAGAAGGAGGAGGAGGAGGAGGAGGAGGAGGACGUGAGCCAGCGAAACGCAGCGGGCUGGAGCUGAUGAUGAAAGCGGCACGGCCCUGCGCGGACAGGCUCCUUUCCAUCCCCCGCAGCCACGGGCACACGGACACGCACCGAGCCCGGCCCCGCUGCGACCCCGGCGGGUACCCCGCGGGCCGAGGGCUGCGAUGGGGACGGCGCCGCUCGGAGGGGACUGGCAGAGAGGCAGCGAUGGGAGGAAAGGCGCUGCGCUGGAAUCUCUUUAAGAAUGUUACACAAGAGACGUCGGUAUCCCAGCUGGAUAACUCGUAAGAUGAAAAGCAACAGCAUUUCUUGGUGCGCCUGCUUUGGCAUACAUCAGCAUUUCCACCGUCCAAGUGUCCUUUUGCGUCACAUCUCGCCAUUUCAUUCAGCCAAUGAAAUCUCC